AUGGCGCUAGCUGCGCAGCAUUUGUGCACCGCCGCCGUCAGUGUCAGCCAGUUUGCCGUGGCAUACGGAGCUCCAUCGCAGUCUUUAACACUGGUAGCAUGCCGCGACAUCGUGGACGAGAAACCAAAAGUGGGUUACGCCAUAUAUGGCAUACCAGACGAAGAACCAAAGUGUGAUUACGCCCACACGGGUUAUAGUGAGAGCAAGUACAAAACCGUGAAAGCUGUCGUCGACUUCAUCAGCUAUGUAAACAAGAAGACGAAAGAGAAAGAUGAGCUUCAUAUGGCCAUUAUAUUUGUCUUCGUGGAACACGAGGAGCAGGAUUACUUGACACAAAAUGAAUUACCAGAAGGAAAAUUUUGCUGGUCUCUCAAAGGAAUAUUCAGUUCUGACUCCAACGACAAAGUUCAGCUUGGAUGGGGAAUUACGCCUGCAGAACAUCCUGGCCGGAAGGCAGCCAAGUCGUGGUUUUAUAUGGCGGGCAACGUGUUCGGUGCGGCGGCUGGGGCGGCAGCUAGUCGAGCAGCAACUCUGGCGAUGAAUGGCAGGGUGAUGAGCAAGACAGGAGAAAUAGUGCGCAAAACUCUCGAAGUCACCUCAGCGGUUGUCAACGCCACUGGUGCUGGUAUCGGGGCCACCAGCCGCGGUGAACGUGUAAAGAAGGGGAAGGCAACACCUCUAGAAGUGUUCCAGUUCAGUGCCUCACUGCUGUUUUUAGCUCACGCCACUGUCAGUUUCCAGACAGCUUCAAAAAUAAUCGAGGACAUACAGAAAGGAGUAAUCGACAAUUUUGAGAGGAAUCUGAGAAGCAAUAGGCACAGGAAACAGUUGAAGUUGGGAAAGAACAUCGCAGGUACUGGUGAGGACCUGGUGGACGGUAAUGAAAGAGUUAUUAGGGGCAUCCGCAGCAUUGAUAACAAGGAUGAUUUCUUAGCUGGAAUGGUCAGAGCAAGGGAAGACUUUGGCGGCCACAACGCUGUUUUUUCUGAAAAUGGAAACAUUGUCGUGAAUGGUGGUGCAGAGGUAAACAUCGCUGGCGUUCACUUCAGCCACGAAGCAGCAUUGCAGGCAAUGGCUUCCGGGUGGAGCAGGGAUCCAACUGAAGAUCAGCAGCGAUAUUACGAACUGUUGGAGGACGUCUAUGCAUAUGAAACAAACACCAGCAGGGGACUGCUGAUACUGCGCAGAAAAGUGGGUUACGCCAUGUAUGGUGUACCAGACGAAGACUCGAACUGUGAUAACGCCCACACUGGAUAUAGUGAGAGGAAGUACAAAAACAUAAAGGCUGUUGUCGACUUAAUAAUGAAAGUAAACAAGGACAAGACGAAAGAGAGAGAUCAGCUUGAUAUGGCCAUUAUAUUUGUUUUCGUGGAACACGAGAAGCAGCUGCUGCAGUUUCCUGUAUUUAGAAUACUGCUAACGGACAUCAAGUGGAAAUUCGUAGAUAAGAACUGCCGCGUUUAUUGCACAUGGAAGGCGUUCUUGAAUUGUAAUGAACUACCGGAAGGAAAAUUUUGCUGGCCCCUCAACGGCAUCUACAGUGGUGACUCCGAAGACAAAGUAGUGCUUGGAUGGGGCGUAACACCUGCAGCACAACGCGGCAAGAAGGUUGUUGACAAAGUGAUGGAUGUGACGGCAGUUAUUGCGACUGGUGCGUUUCUCGUCAGUAUGUUCACCCCUCUGGGUCCAAUUAUGGCAGCAGCUUCUGGUGCUGCUGCUGUUAGCGGCGCGUACUCUGCACUAACCAGUAUUGCGACUCUGGUCGACCGAGGUGUUCGCGGCCAGUCAGUCAAUCCUUUCCGUGAUACUCAGGCGUUAAAAUCCUGGAUGUCGGUGACGGGCAGCGUGGUCGGCGUAGCAGCCGGAGCAGCCACGAUCCGAGCAGGAGUUCUGGCGAGCAAGGGCCAGGUGUUAAGUAGAAUGGCCGAAGUAACUCGCAAAGCCCUUACUGUGACGUCAGCUGCCGCUGCAGCCACAGGUGCUGCUAUCGGUACCUCCAGCACUGACGAAUGCGUCACGGAGAGGGAGCCAACAGCUCUAGAUGUGUUACAGUUCAGUGCUUCGGUGCUGUUUCUGGCUCACGCAACAAUAAGUAACCACACAGUUUCGCAGGUGAUUAAUGAAAUUCAGAAUGGAGUAACGGAGAAUUUCGAGAACAGUCUGAGAAGCAACAGACACACGAAACAGUUCAAGAAAUCUGCGAGGAACGCAGCAGCUACUGCUGACAAUGCGGUGGGCAGUAAUGCAAAAGUUAUUAAGGGCUUCCGCAGCAUUGAUAACAAGGAAGAUUUCUUUGCUGGCACUGUGAGAACGAGGAAAGACUUCGGUGGCAACAAAGCCAUUUUUUCUGAAAAUGGAAACAUUGUCGUGAACGGUGGUGCAGAAGUACAUCCAAUGCAGCUGUGUGAGGUGAGAAAAGACAAGAGGAGGAAUCUCCUCUCACUGGCCGAACAAGCAUUCCAGGGCAAAGUAUCCGAAGCCAUUUUCAGAAGUCGUCUUGACACACUGCUCAGCACCAACACUGUGAGCUCGUCUGGACCAAACACGUCUCAGGACAGUGAUGCAGCAGAGGCAGUGAAUAUACUGGUUUCACAGGUGCAGCAGGAAGUAAAAGGGAUAACCAUAGGCAGAGAUGAGGUAAUGUUUAUGCUGACAGUUGUGGAUGAACUCACUGUUUUGGUGUGCUCGAAGAGAGACAAUAAAUACAGGAAAUGGUGGCGCCUUAUUUGGCACCAUGCGAAUAUUAUUGUUCAGGAAAUGUGCGAUACAUAUGAUGAAGCUCUACAUCUUGAAAAUCCGAGACACAACUUUGUAGAUAAACGCAGUUUCAAUAUGAUAAACGGUAUACAAAUGACAAAUGUCUUCAUGCAUUUUGUUUGUAGUAUUUAUAAGAAGUAUAAAGAUCACAUUGAGGAACUUUUAAAUGAUACAGAGAUACUGAAGACAAAUUACAUAUUUUGUGGAAGAUGUAAAAACGCCGUGUGA